AUGCUACCACCAUCACCACUCUUUACAAUCAGGGUCGAAAAGCGAGCAGGCGAAUGGUGGCUCAAUACUAACUCCACCGACUUCCGCAACGCCAUGCUUUCGCGGCUCGAUCUGGCGGUGACGAAAGGCUGUGAUGGUGUCGAUCCUGAUAAAGUGGGUGGUGACAACGAUAAUGGCCUCGGUCUUACGCAGGCAGAUGCUGUGGAUUACGUCAACUUCCUAGCGGAUGCGGCUCAUGCACGAGAUCUAUCAGUCGGCCUAGAGAACGCGGGAGAGAUCAUCCCGCAGGUUUUGGAAAGGAUGCAAUGGGCCGUGAAUGAGCAGUGCGUACAGUAUGGAGAGUGUGAUACCUGGCAGCCAUUUGUGGAAGUAGGGGAGCCGGUCAUUCAUAUUGAGUAUCCGGAUGGAGCGCCAAAUGUGGCAGCACAGAAGGUGGACAGUAUUUGUGGCAAUGAUGAUGCUAAGGGGUUUGAGACGGUGUUGAAGGAGAUGAGUUUGGAUGAUUGGGUUGAGGGUUGUCCUGAUGAUUGA